CAUUAAUCUGUGUCAAGGAACGUAGAGAAAGCCUAGGUAUAUAUAUAUAUAGUACGUACAAGGUAUUUAUAUAACUACUUUAAUAUGUUAACUUGCGUGUGAGUUUUAAAUAUCGAUAGAACAUGGAUAGCACGUUUGGGAUUUCGUUACGCAUUACGCUUACGCGUUACAGGAUUAUACGUAUUAGAGAAUACAAUAAACUUUGCACUCGGCAAUCGGUGACGGUGAACAAUAAUCAUUGUCUAAUUUGACAAUUCACUGUUAUUUUGAUGAAUCCACCUCAGAUGAAUCUACAGAGCAAAUAAUAUUUUCUUGGUAAAUAAAAGCCGUUCCAACACUAUCUUUUCUAAUAUAAAAAUGUGUCUGUCCAAACAAGCAAUGAAUCUUUAGUGUUUUCAAUUAUAAAACAUCAACAUGAAACUCAUGGAAUCACUUUGGAAGUUGUUGUUAUACGUGAAAAUAUUGUACAUAGUGCGCUAUAUCAAACAAUACUUAAAAGUGUUUUCCGUUAUGUUCAUGCUGUACUACUUGAUUGGAGUAGAUUUUUAUGAAAUCAGAAAUCUGGAUUUUAAUCGUACAAAUUUACUCAUACAGAUGAGAUUGCACGACAGUAUUUUAAAUGAAAAGGGAACAGCUUGUCAAGUCCCAUUGCUUGAUCCAUUUUCCGAAGACGCUAUAAAAGAUGACUAUAACCUGCCAAAGGUCAAAUGCGAAGGCACAGAAUGGGUCGAAUGCUAUUUGUCAAAUUGUUACGUCAUCGAAGAGGUACUAAAGAUAAUGCAAUAUAUAUCAUGCAUCUAUAAAGACAUUAUAUACAUCGACGAUUUUAGAUACGAAAUAGGAAAACCAGUCAAACGGUAUGGCAAUGAAACCUAUACUCUAAAUAAAAGUGAUCAUAUCAAAGUUUCCUGCACCGGUUUGGAAGUCGGUGCUAUUUUGCCCACACGAUGGUAUGGACACAAAGUCGGUUUUCGGUCUUCUGAUCUACAGAGUCACAAUACUGAACAAAAAAGGGAAGCGUUCAAUCCCUGCAAAAUUUUAAAUAUUAUGGUCCUUUGUUUUAAAUCAGCCUCACGUAAUCGAUUUAUAAGACGGAUGCCCAAAAGCCACAAAGUGCUGGCUGAAGAAUUAAAGGCUUCCUUUUUCAACAUCCACAGUGUAACAGGUGACGGUACAACUGCCGCCUUGUUUCCUUUAAUGACGGGCAAAUCGGAAACAGAACUUCCAGAUACCAGAAAAGCAACUUCCAAAAAGUUAAUCGAUGACAAAAGUUUCAUAUUCUACGUUGCGAAGGAGUACGGGCAUUACAAUACUGCAUUUUUUGAGGAUAUAGAAUACAUAGACACUUUCCAGAAACGGUUCAAUGGCUUCGCACGCCAGCCAGCUGACCAUUACUUGAGAGCUUUGCACCUCGUAGCUAUUCAAGAUCACAAAUGGUUAGUUAACAAUAAGAACAAACACUGCUUUGGGUCGAUUCCAUUACAUAAGCAACUAUUAGAUUUAACACUACAAUUUUCUAAGUUGCAUAGUAAAUAUGUUUGUUUUACACUGAUAGGACAAAUCUACAAUGACAUUCAUAAUCUUCUUCUUACGGUCGAUGAACAUGUGGCAAUGUUUUUGCGGAACCUUAAAUAUUUUGGAGCGUUACGGAAUACUCUGUUGGUUGUACUCGGUGAUCAUGGGCCGAGGUUAGGCCAAUUUAGAGCUACAUACCAGGGAAAGCUUGAGGAGCGGCUACCAUUGAUGGCUAUGGUUUUGCCAAACGAUUUCAAAAAAUGUCGACCAAAAAUUGCAGCAGCCGUCGAAGCAAACACCAGGCUUAUAACGACACAUUUUGAUGUCCACGCCACGAUUCUCGCCGCGAUGGGUUUGGAGAAACACAUGAACGAUUUCAAAAUACCCGGCGCCACCGUGCCUCGAGGGAUGAGUUUGUUACGGCAGAUCCCUAAGAAUAGGACAUGUGGUGAAGCAGGGGUGCUGCCACAUUGGUGCGUUUGUUUCAACUGGUUGAACGUACCCAAACAUGAUUCCAUAUACAGGAAGGUUGCGGACGCAUUAGUUAACUAUGUAAAUAACUUGACUGUCCUUGUUAGGAGUGAUUGCGCCGAACGAAAGCUGACAUCUAUUAUUUGGGUGAUGAGACAGAGUCCAAACGAGGACGUUCUUAGACAUGAGCGAGUUAGAGAUGGAGUGACAAUGUAUUCGGGAAAUGACGGUGCAUUGAUGCGGGCAAGUAAGGAAUACUAUCAGGUCAAGGUGGAGCUUAGUCCAGAGCGAGCGGUGUUUGAAGGCACUUUGACCUACGAGAUGGUCGGAGACAAGUUUGGAAUGCGUCCUGGAGACAUUUCCCGAGUAAGCGCGCACGGUAUGGAGUCCACUUGCAUCUCUGACACUCAUCCUGAUCUUCUAGAGUUUUGUUAUUGCAUCCGCAAAGCUUCAUUCUCUUAUAAAACCUUCAAAGUUAUAUGAAAGCUAACACAUUUCUAAGUCCCAUCUUAAAAGUCAAUGAUAAUUCUCAUUCUCCAAAUGAUGGAAGUUUGCUUGUUAAUAUUAUAAAAUAGGGAAGAAAAAAAUGCAGUUUUACUUUUGAGCUUAAUUUUUACGUUGUAGCAAUUAAAACAUUAUACUUAAUAAGCUAGAUAUCAUGCUAAACGGCGGUUUCCUCAAUUUCCAUGCUUCUCGUACAUUAAAAUGGCGAUAUCUUGAAAGAUAAGUUAGCUCAUGUUGUUAUUUUACUACAUUAUUAACAAGAUCUACGCCUUACUUGUAUUUGUAUCACAGAUAACUACUACAUUAGUACUUGAAUUAACUUUGUUCAUCAGAUCUGAAUGACAUAGCGUUUUAUAAUAUCGUUAUUAUUUCUUUAACUAGCGGCCCGCCC